GCUCGUGGGAGCUGCGGAGCUCAGCAGCAAUAUGCACCGCCGUCACACCGGACUGUCGCUGUUUUGUGAAUAACUGCGUUUCGAUGCGAACCAAAAUGGUGAUUUUUGCGAUUUAUUUCCCCGCCUUGACUGCGUCGUCGAUGCUAUUUGCAGGCUUUGGAUCCCCGUGAGGAAAAAAUGAGCGAAGAACCGGCAAAUCCAAAUAACGAUGACAGUUAUGCGCGUGUGAGAGCAGUGGUCAUGACUCGCGAUGACUCCAGCGGCGGAUGGCUACCUCUGGGAGGCGGAGGCCUCAGCUGCGUGUCGGUCCACAAAGUUAGCCGGCCGGACUCGGACAGCCCCAGCGGCGUGGAUUAUCUCAUCCAGGGGGAGCGACUCAAAGACAAGUUGGUUGUGCUGGAGUGCAUCAUAAAGAGGGAGCUGGUCUACAACAAAGUCAACCCUAUCUUCCACCAUUGGCGAAUCGACAACAAGAAGUUUGGCUUGACUUUCCAGAGUCCAGCUGAUGCCAGAGCUUUUGACCGAGGGAUACGGCGAGCCCUGGAGGACAUAAAGCAAGGCUGUCCGGUGUACAGUGACUCAGAGGUUCCUGAAGAUGGAUUACAGGUUAAUCAGGAGCCUCCCUCUAUCUGCACGCCCAUUAGAGAGCCGUUCUCUCCGCACAGCCGAGUGGUGUCCACGGAGCCUUUCCGUAGCUGUUAUGUGCGUGCUCAGCCGUUUGAGGAGUUCUCCAGCCCCAGCCAUCGUUAUCUGCCCCCGCAGGUCUCUUUCUCCUCGACGCGGCAUGUGAGCUUUCACAUGGAUGACGAAGAGGUUGUUCGGAUCAACCCCCGCAAGGAUGUCCUCAUCCGCGGGUAUGAGGACUACAGGCACCCGGUCAUGUGGAAGCAAGACACAGAGCGUGACGACGCUGAUUUCUCUACCACAUUUACCAAACUGGACAGCAAGAAAAGUGAGUACUCAUUUUUGGAAGGCUCCGAGCAUCGCACGGGCACCAAGGACUCGAUCAAAACUCAGCAGCCUUCGCCUCUACUAAAGUCCAAGAAGUCUCGGAGGAGGCGGGAGGACGGCGAGCGCUCGCGCUGCAUAUAUUGCCGUGAGAUGUUCAACCAUGAGGAGAACCGACGUGGGGAGUGCCAGGACGCGCCUGACCCCAUCAAGCAGUGCAUCUAUAAGGUGAGCUGCAUGCUGUGCGCAGAGAGCAUGCUCUACCACUGCAUGUCUGACUCGGAGGGGGACUUCUCGGACCCAUGCUCGUGCGAUUCCAGCGAAGAGCAGUUCUGUGUGCGCUGGCUGGCUCUGCUCGGCCUCUCCAUAAUCGCACCCUGCAUGUGCUGCUACCCACCACUGCGGGCCUGUCACCACUGUGGAGAGGCCUGCCACUGCUGCGGUGGCAAGCACAAGGCCGCCGGCUGAGCCGAGCCGACGGGGGAGAAAUACACGGCCACGUGAAGAAACAACCGCCGCCGUCGCUUUUCUUUUUUCAUUCACCCCUUGAGGCGGGUGAGGUGCUCCACCCGCCACUUUGGAGGCUUUGGAGAUUUGAUUUGGCCGAGAGCAGCAGAAGCCAAUGACCGGAUCUUCUUGGGCUCUCGAGCUCACGUCACGGAGCUCGUUACGGAAGGGAAGGCGUUUAUGGAAUGAACGCGAAUCACGAAAUGAGCAAAAACAAAAAAAAGAGACAAAAUCACUUGACAUACAAAUGUCAGACUUUCAUUACGAAUCGCGUGUAACCUUUGUGAAGGAAUGUUGUCUUUUGUACAGAGAUCAAAACUAUAACAAAGAAAACAAAACUGGUUGUGCAUACAGAGGAUCUGCUGUAUGGGUAUGCUAAAAGGGAUAUUUUCUUGCUUUUUGUGAAUUUGCAGUAGGGUUAAAGUGGCCUUCUCUUUCGACUGGAGCCUUCGCUGACUGUGUAAUUAUUAGACAAAAGAAAACAUGCACUAGUCCCGUGAAAGGUAACCCUCAUGAAUAAUGGUACAUACACUAAAACACUUUGGGCAAGUUUUAGAAGUGCAAAUUUCAAUUUCUGUAAUGGGUGUGUGUGUGUGUGUGUGUGUGUGUGUGUGUGUGUGUGUGUGUGUGAGUGUGAGUGUGUGUGUUUUUCCUGCUUUUCUUUUCUUUGUUUUGUAAGAGACAGUAACGUCAUUUCUUUUGAAAUGGUAGUAUGACAUAUAGCCUUUGUUAUUAAUCGUGCUAAUGUUUAAAAUGCAUCCUUCUCUAAUUGGCAAGACUAUUUGGACCACACAGGUGCAUUCCAGCAUAGAGUGAUUGAUGACGUAAUACAGCUGUCCACGUUUAUCCCUGGUUCAUUUCCAUGUCAGCAAGAGAUUGAGAGACCAAUUAGUCAGGAAAUGUACAUUUGACUUUCAAUUUCAUCUCAUGUUUAUCAGAGCGAAACUGGGUUCUUUUCAGCUUUUUACUUGUUUUCAAGCUGAAAUUGUGCUCAACCAGCAAGUUUUUUUUUCUUAGACGACAUGACCACCCAUUUUGGUAUUUUAAUGAUCAUGGUUCAGAGGGUGUCCAAUUUCUAUUCUCGAACAAGGCACUUGUAUUCAUUUAAAAUGGGAUAUCCCUGUAUUUGAGUUUCUUCAUUCAAAUGCCCCUUAUAAAAGCACUCACUUCAAGCUUUGGUUACAGCUUCAUGUCCACGUUUUAUAUUCCGUCUAGUAUGUAGUCUUUGUCAUAGUUUAGAGAGUUACUUUUCCCCAUUUCUCAAUGCACACAAACGAAACAAAAAAAAAAACACAAACUGACCUGAUUUAAUAUCAUUUGAGACUUGCUGUAACAUGCAAAUAUUUCUCUCAACACUAUAAAUCACUUCCCUGUUUAAGGAAGGUCUGCAGACUCACAAACCCCAUGUCAAGCAAGGCAUUAUCAGGAAUUAUGAGACAAAAUGUUCUAGACACUGCAUUUUUGAAAAUUUCCUACACACACAUGCAUAUACAUUAUAUAUAUAAAAUAUAGUACUGUGCAAAAGUCUUAGGCAACCUAUUUUUUAGUACACCUUUGUUCUUUGUUAUAGAUUUUUAUUUUAUGACUUCUACAUUAUCGAGUCAGUACAAAAACAUUUUAGAUUUCCAAACAUUAGUUUUCCAGCACAAAAUUAAAUGUUACAGAAAAAUGUUGGUAUGUCAGUAACAAAAGCAGCAUAUUAAAUGAAGAGACACUUUCAGACAAAAAAACAUAAUGAUGGCUGCUGGAUUUUGCUGCAAAAAUAAGAAGCGACAGUCAAAGUCUCCAGAAGAACCGUGGCUGGUUCUGCAAGAUGCUCAGUAAAACUUACAGCUCAUUUCCUUAUAAAACUGCACUAAUUCUACCUGAGACUAAAUUUUUUUUUUUUUUAACAAACAGUCAUCACACCAAAUAUUGCCUUUGUUUCAUUUAUUACUGUUUAUUGCUCUUUAUAGUAUUUUUUUUUUAUGGAGAAACAUUUAAUUUAAUAAUUUUUUGAAGGCACCUUUGCUUUACAGUAUUUCUUUGCAUGUGCCCAAGACUUUUGCACAAUACUGUGUAUAUGUUAGCCAAAUUAAGUUGUUGUUUUUUCCUGUUAGCAGGAAAGUUGCUCCCAAUUUCGAAAAGGCCAGUAUGAGGCGUUCCAUACUCCAGUUCUCUGAUCUCCCUGUUCAUUUUACAUCAACACACUUUACUUUCUAUGCAAAUAUUUCCAUGAGAAACACUUAGAUCUCUUCAUAAAAGUCGGUGAUGUGACACUUUAAUAUUGUAGAUGUUAAUCUUGGUACCAAACUCAAAAACCUUAUGUAAAUAUGUAACACUAUAUUUAAGCAACAAUAAUAAUCCCAUUCAAAUUUUUAAAGAGAGAGUUGUAUUUAUCACUGCUGUCAGUAUAUACUAUAGCUUGAGUUGACAGCAUUAUGUACAUAGGUCACCUUUUUAGUAUUAUUUCACAUUGAAAGUAGAGGGCGUACAUGAUGAAAAUGAUCGAGCUUUUACUAGAGAUUCUCUCUAGUCUUGUAUUGCAGAAAGAAGGCUAGAGAAGGUAUAGUAGUGGCAGUCCACUUCUCAAAGGUUUAGUCAUAUGAAGCUGCUAGAAACAAUCACUAAUUAUGCGCUGAGAGGAAUAAAAUUCAGCUAUGAAUGACUGUUAAAACUAAAAUCGUUCUUUGGAUUUGUUGAUCACAAAUGUUUUCUUAUGUUUGUCUUUUUCGUUAAGCACACCCAUUUUUGAGUUUCCAGUUUUUUUUUUGGUUUUGUUUUUUUAAAGUCUAUCCAUCCCAUACUGUUUGGGAUUGCGUGUUUGUUUGUUUUUAUGUCGCAAGCUGAACCAAGGUUUGAUGAACCUUAACAAAACUUGCUGGCUGAGAAGACAUGUAGAAUAGGCCACAUCCAUACAAUUAUAUUGUAGACAGAUACUGUAAUGCCUACUUUCAUUCUGCAUUAAGCAGCACGGUGAAGCCACAUGUAAUGUGCUGUAUUUAAUAUGCAACCUGUCUGCUUUCUUUGCUUCCUUUCCACUUUGCCGUUAACUUAGCAUUUAUCCGUCUUCAGUUUUUAACCACUUGCUGCUAGUCUUUUAUUUUUGAACUCUUGGACUUUGUGUAUAACUCUGGAAUGCAUAAAAGAUGAACAUUCUUUACUGUUUAGAGAAAUGCUUAUGUAAAUCUGUCAUUUCAGUGUGAUGUAAACAAACAAAAAAAAACAACAAAAAAACAACAACAGCUAUGUUCACAGCAGUUUAGUGGUUUCUUUGGAAUUCUUCGACGCUUUGGUGCACUGACAUGUAGCUAGGCUUUCCCCCCCACCCCUUUUCAUAGCGCUUGAUGAUGUAAAGCUCACGUGAUAAGUUUGAAGUUGUGAAGACAUUUGUGUUAUGGUAAUUGCAGUAUAAAUGGUACUCUGAUGAUUCCACUAUGAACACUGCCUGGUUCUUUAUCUGCAUCUCUGAGUUUUAGUGCCAUCUGCUUCACCCACUGACAACCUCGAAAAAGUGCCUCACGUCCAUCAGAAGUUCCAUCCCAAACUUAACCGCUCUUGCUAUGGUUGUAUUGGUUUAUACACGUCUAGGUAUUUGUAUCAUGGUUUGAAAAAUACCAAGUAUAUGAUGUAAUAUUUAUAGUUCAGUAACUCAUGUCAUAGUUGUUAUUUUCUUUAUACAGAUGUAGCUUGUUACGUUUCAUAAAUAUAUAAUGUAAAUAUGCAUACAAAUGUUUGUAACUGUUUUUGUUACAUCAUACACUUGUAAUUUGACAUAUAAAAUAACAUUACCAUAAUAAAAGGUGAGUUUUAAUGUACUCUCAGCUGUGUGCA